GAAAUGACAAUGCAGUAAGAACGUAUAUACGAGUUGGACGUCUUGAGGGAGUAAUUCACGAGCCAUUAGUCGAAGUGGGUACCAUCACUGCUGAUCAAUGAAAGAUCCUGAAACCAUGAACACCUACCUAUUCGUCGCGGGAAGCUUUACAGCGUGUUUGGCAAGACUAGGGGGCAGCUGUACCGACAGCAGCGGCACUCAGGAACAUGGCGGGGCCACUGCUCAACUUCUGCGAGCCUUCUCCAAGACUGAAGCUGCCAUUUCAACCUCUGAAGCAUCAGACCUUCUGAAAACAGCCACAGAGGCAGCAGAAACUAUGGGUAGAGAAGGAGGUGGGGGAGAGAAGUUGAACGAGACAGAAACUUGGGGUGCAUUCUGCAUCGCCUGCGUUUUGUUAGUGACUCAAAAACAUAGGAAACUACAUCCACUACCAAGUAAAUGCCACCAGAGAAGAUGUGCAGAAAAGAGUGGCGGAUCUGGGGCCAGAAAUACGUGCAAGUAUGAUGUGUUUCUCGGAGGGUCAUGUAACCCCACCUCCUGGAGGAAGGAUAUCGUCAUUCCUCGUCUUCUGAAAGAGGGGAUCUCAUUCUACAACCCCCAAGUUGACCACUGGUCCCCAGAGCUGAUUGAUAUCGAAGAAGAAGCCAAACAGGCAGCCUCAACACUGCUGUAUGUGAUAGACGACCAGACGCGAGCCGUCUCGUCUAUGGUCGAGGUAGCCAACUUUGUCGGCUCCGGUCGAGACGUUCUCGUGGUCGUCAGCGACAUCCAGGGGGAGUCCCCUGUCAUCAGUGGAGACGUAUUGACUCCGCGAGAGGUGAAAGAUUUGAACAGGGGGAGAGAGUUCGUCCGGACAGUCAGUGAAACUGCGGGAAAUCUUGUUGAGUCCAGCGUCCAUAGAGCUGUGUCCUCACUUCUGGAUCCAUCCAGUUGGGGUCAGAGUGUCAGUGAGGUAGAUACCAGCACAUCAUCUAGUGAUACCUGUUGUGGCAAGCCUCUUGGAGACACGCUCACACAAAGACUGAGGUUACUGCGACAAGUCCACACCAUGUAUGACACUGACAGGAGGGGCCAACUUACUGAACACGAGACAGAGAGGGCACUAGAGGCUGUGGAGUGUAGUCAGGAGAUGGUCCACGCAGUCUUGUCAGAGGCUCCGCAGUGGUCGCUCGGGAAACGAGACAGAAUCACGUUUGAAGUGUUCGUGGUUCUGUAUGCGGAGGCCUGGUAUUGGAGCGUCGUUGGAGGAGUGGGAGAGAGGGGGAGGAGUCUGGUAGAUAGAACUUCGAGCUACCUCAGAGGUGGUCUGCAGAAACUGACUGGCUGGCUGUGGAUGUCUUCCCCUUCCUCCCUCCCUCCUCCCCUUACCCCCUCUCUCCGUCCACACCCCACCUCAUGUGACGUCUACCUCGGUGGUAGCUGUGGUGCCACGUCAUGGAGAGCCGAUGAUGUAAUCCCCAUUCUCCGACAGUAUGGAGUGACUUUCUUCAACCCUCAGAUCGCUGACUGGAACGUCUCUCUGAUACCAGUGGAGCAGAGAGCCAGAGAGCAGUGCUCUGUACUGCUGUACGUCAUUGGAGGAGACACCCUGAGUGUUGGGUCAAUGGCAGAGGUGGCCUACUACAUCGGUCAGGAGAGGAAGAUGGCACUUGUUCUGUCUGACAUUCCCACCUCACCACACCUCACUACACCGGAGAGAGAUUUGCAGCUGUCGGAGAGAGCUGUCCGGGAUUAUAACAGAGGACGGGCGUACCUCGCAAACAUGGCACACAAGAAACAUGUUCAUCUCUACUCAAACUCGGCUGAUGCUGCUCUUUGUGCUGUGUACCUAGUCAAAGGUUUUGAAAUCCCCACCACCCAGAACAGUAUCCCACUUUGGGGGACCAGCGUAUAAUGACGUCACCAUUUCUAUUUUUAUCCAACUGAAUUUGUAAUCCUCACAAUUAUAGCAACAUUAAAACAUUCAAAAUGCAUAGUGAUCAUGGAGAUUUGGGAAGAAUACAGAGUCAAGUCAAGUAUGUAUAAGGCUCUAUUCUGCAAGUGGUCGCAGACUGCUGAGUUUGGAGAAAUCGACCACCCAUUCUCCGCCACUCUCACUGCAGUAAGCUACUGGUUGAAAGACCGAGUCGAACACAAUCUCGUCCCUCGUGUAAGACCAGAGGACCUGCGCCGUGAGUCCUGUCGCCUCCACGAUGCCCUCUAGUACCACGACCAGCUCCAGUCUGGAGGAGGCGAGGUCCUCACGAGUGAGGCCGUAGAGAGGACUCUGCUCAGUGAUGUAGUGGAAGACUGAGACUGGAGUGAGGAGGAAGAUGCGGUCCCUCCCCUCGUCGUACCCCACGUCCAGGUCGUACUGCUGCAGCUCCCCUCCUCCUCCUCCUCCUGCGGACUCUCGGUACCAGUAAAGCUGGAGACGGACGUGUGCCUCGACAAUCUGUGACCUUCUCAUGUCCGCUAUCCUGAACUCCAGAACUCUGCGUCGCUCCGUCUUGUCCACCGGACGACCUUCUUCAUCUCGGUCCACUCUCCUCACAAACUGGUCGUAUAUGACUGCAGUGUUACUGAAGAAGAUUGUCUUUCUUCGGCUCCGUGGUCGCGUGAGUUUGGCAAACAUUAGCCCGAGGAGAAACGAGUCGAUGAGGAGACCCACUACACUCUGGAAGGCGAGGAGAGUGAUUCCAGCCGCGCAACUGUCUGAUGGGUAACGAAAUCCAUAUCCGAUAGUUACUUGUGUCUCGAUUGAGAACAGAAAUGCAGAGGUAAAGUCUCUAACGUUGUACACGCAAGUCAUGUUUCCGUCCGGGUAGCUGUAGGCGAGAGCGGUCCAGGCACACCCAAACACCAGCCAGGAGAGGACGUAGCAGGCAAAGAAAAAGGGAACAACAACGUACCACUGGGCAUUGAUGAUUGAGGUAAAGAAAUCCCAGAUGUAACUGAGAUAGCUCUGAGGUGGGAUACGGUAGCGUAAAAGGGAGCGACCGUCUGAGCGUUUCACCAUUCGAGGGACUUUGCGAGGAGGAAGGGGAGGGUUUUCUUGCUCUGGACUAUUGACGGAUCUCACAUGGACUGGAGAGGUCUUGUCAGGGAGAAGGGGGGUGGUGGUUGCCAUUCUUCCUGAGCCUGGAGGGAGGUAGGAGGCAGUGUACCCGGAAGCCUGCCUCUUCUCGCCAAGAAUUGGCGCAGAUUCGGACAUAUUCGUCGUAUGCUUGCGUUAGCUCGCCCGCCAGAAAAGAUGAAGUUUGUUAGGUUCAACGUAGAGCCUGUUUCUGGUUACCGACAAAUUACUCAGGUAUAUAGAAAUAGCAGGGCUGGCCGCCAGCCAGAACAGGAAACGUCACAGAAGCAAAAGUGAAUGGUUUGGUCUUGGUUGCCAACAUGCACGUGCAGCUCCAACUUACCACUCCUCUUCCUUAUUCUCCCGCUUUCGAUUCAGCCCUAGCUUGAACUGUUCAUCCGGGGACCUGCAGGCGUCGCA